AUGAAGAACCGACAAAAGUCGAGAAGCGGUUGUAGGACGUGCAAGAUCAGGCGUCCGGCAUGCCGGAACUGUACUGUUAAGGGACUUGAGUGUCCGGGCUAUCAGCAGCGUCUGCAGUGGUCGACCAAACACGAGAGGCCAGUCUCGACGAGUGUAAGCGGUCCAGAAAACUUCACGCAGCUUGUCACCGCUGCUUCCAAGUCCAUCACGCAGGCAGAAAAGGCUGCCGCAAACACAGUCCGAAAUGGCUCCCAGACCCCGGUUGCUGCUGUCCCACCGCCGGCAUUGGCUGGCCGCACAUCUUCAACUCCCGCAUCCUUAUCUGCUUCCGCUUCCGCUUCCGCUUCCGCUUCCGCUUCGGCGUCCGCAUCGCCGUCUCCCUUGCCUUGGUCACCGGCUUCAUCACUACCGCCCCAGGACCAGGAUUCUCCUGCAAACGGCGAAACCAAGACGGCACUGGUCACUGUGCGGCAGAACCCAGUCCCAGCACGCCCUCAGGAAGACGGUUCGGCGUCCGAGUUGCCCAUGUACCAACCAGUGGUAGAUAUUCCGAGGUUCCUGAUCGAGCACUGGUUUAAGUCGGUCUGCGUCUCGUGGUCCGCACUCGAUUCCCAGGUAAACCCGUUUCGUCGGAUGACGGCAAGCCUCUGGAACACUUCGACACCCGUCUUCUAUGCACUGCAAGCCAUCUCAGCAGCCUCUCUCGUUGAGCGGCUCCCAGCUGUCAUGAAGGAUACCGCCCGCUCUGCACCGCGCAGAGCUCAUGAAGCGAUUCAAUCGGAGCUGGUCGCCUUCUCUCAGGGAUACCGCUCCAAAUUCCCCUGCGAACUACUCUUGUCUUUGUUCUGCAUGAGCUCUUCGCUGUGUUGGAUGGAGUCCCGUCAGCUGGGCCAGAGCUACGUAAGGCAGGCACGAGCCGUCCUCAAGUCUCUUGAAGGAUGGCCAAUGGAUAGCGAAACACAGGAGAUGCUCGAGUUCUUCAAUGGAUGUCUAAUCUACGAAGAAAUGCUUCGUAGCGUCGUCAGCGAGGACGAGAUUGACUUUGAACACAUGCUCAGCUGGCCGGAGCCCGUUUCGCAGGGUCCGCUUGUGCCCGCAGUUCCACAUGCCUGGACGGGUGUUUCUGCUGACGUCCUGAGGCUCUUUGGCAAGGCAAUUGCCCUCUGCCGAAGAUCUCGCACUCGGUGGAGGCACCAUGGCGGAACAAGCUACCGCAUCCUUCAGGGGGCAUUGAGGGAUAUCGAGGAAGCCACAAGAGUCGAGGCAGCUCUUUUGUCAUUUGCCGUACCGCGGCUUCCCCAGCAUGCAGCACCCCUCAACUCCGUGGACCGGGCUCGGGACCUACACUACACCACGGAAGCUUACCGUAUCUCUUCUUUACUACAGCUCUACGAGACUUUUCCAGAUUUGAGCGUUAGGAGGAUCCCCAGCUUGAAGGAUGCACCGGAGUCGACCAUCUGGAACACAUGCGUGUCUCCUCUGGCACUGCAUCUCACUACUGUACUCGAAAACAUCCCUGCCGGAAGCUUGCGAUGUAUUCAACCGCUUAUCUGCCUGUGCGCCGGCAGUGGCCUCAGAUACAACACUAAGGUUACUCUGGGCCGCGGACAUCGCAGCUAUCUCCUGGAUUCCGAACCUGAUACGCCAGUCCCAUCAACGCCCGUGCCCACCGACGCCGAGCGUCCUACCCUCAGUCAAGGUGUAUCCGAGCACGCGAUCAAAAUAUCACGGGCACGGCAAGUCAUCAUGGGUCGGUUGGAUCAGCUUGAGCUCAGCUUGCCGCCCAAGCCCAUCGGUGUCGCAAAACAGCUUCUUCACGCCGUGUGGAGCACUUAUGACGAGGAAAUUGAACUCACUCGUCGGACACACUGGCUUGACGUGAUGAGCGCCACUGGCCUUCAUAGUCUCUUCGGUUGA